UAGAUUCCAAUUCAUGUUCGAUUCCCACUUUUUUCAUAUUAUAUCUUCGUAAAUUCGUCUCCUUUCUGGGGAUUUUGGGCAAUUUCAGAAUGAGAGGAUCGAUCCCUCCGCUGUCGUCUCCGUUGCAGCAACCUCCGUUGAUGUACCAUGAGAGUCCUUUACCCACACGACUCAUCUUACCGCAUGUCGUGGCUGUCUCCGCUUCCUUUUUGCUCUUAUUGAUUUUAUCUUUGUGCCUCCGCAAAAUCCGACGCCAACGUACUAACCCCGCCGACUCCAACCCGUCGCAUCGGUACUCAUAUUCCAUCCUCCGUUGCGCCACUUCCUCAUUCUCCGUCUCUCGUCACCUCGGAAAAGGGGGAUUUGGCUCCGUCUAUCGCGCUACCAUCCCUAACCACCACGAUGGAAACGACAAAAACAACGACGGCAAUCAAACCGUCACCGUCAAGGUGAUGGCCACGAGCUCGCUCCAGGAAAAAGAGUUCCAAAACGAGCUCUUUUUCGCUUCCAAGCUCGACUCUUCCCUCGUCGUCUCGGUCCACGGAUUCUAUUACGACCAGAAACGGCGCCGUAUGCUCCUAGUUUUUGAGGUCAUGACGAACGGUAACCUGCAAGACGCUUUGCUUCAUCGGAAAUGCCCGGAAUUAAUGAACUGGAAACAGAGGUUUUCGAUUUCUGUCGAUAUCGCCAAGGAACUCGACUAUCUCCAUGGAUUGGAUCCUCCAAUAAUUCAUGGAGAUAUCUAAAGCUCAAGGGUCCCUAAUCAGUAUUUUACCUAAAGCUCAUGAGUUCAAGUAAAAAUUAAACUCUUUUAUUAACAUAUUGCAUCAUCAUAAUAUCGAAUGUUUGACCACAUCGUAAUUAAAACAAAAUGAUACAAAUUAAGCUUUU